AUGAACCAGGUCACUGGGGGCCUUGGCACAGUGGCUUCUGACAAAUCUUUCCCCGCUCGGCUGAAUGGCUCUAGCCCAGGGCCUGGAAACCCACCCCGCCUGCCCUUUAGUGACCCGUUCUUUGUGGUGGAGACGCUGUGUAUCUGCUGGUUUUCCUUCGAGCUGCUGGUACGCUUGCUGGCCUGCCCGAGCAAGGCGGUGUUCUUCAAGAACGUGAUGAACCUCAUCGAUUUUGUGGCCAUCCUUCCCUAUUUCGUGGCGCUGGGCACGGAGCUGGCCCGGCAGCGAGGGGUGGGCCAGCCGGCCAUGUCACUGGCCAUCCUGCGGGUCAUCCGAUUGGUGCGUGUCUUCCGCAUCUUCAAGCUGUCCCGGCACUCAAAGGGCCUGCAGAUCUUGGGCCAGACUCUUCGAGCCUCUAUGCGUGAGCUGGGCCUCCUCAUCUUCUUUCUCUUCAUCGGUGUGGUCCUCUUUUCCAGCGCAGUCUACUUUGCUGAAGUCGACCGGGUGGACUCCCAUUUCACCAGCAUCCCCGAGUCCUUCUGGUGGGCGGUGGUCACCAUGACCACAGUUGGCUAUGGAGACAUGGCACCCGUCACUGUGGGUGGCAAGAUAGUGGGCUCUCUGUGUGCCAUCGCUGGCGUGCUGACCAUUUCUCUGCCCGUGCCCGUCAUUGUCUCUAACUUCAGCUACUUUUACCACCGGGAGACAGAGGGCGAAGAAGCCGGGAUGUACAGCCAUGUGGACACGCAGCCCUGUGGCACACUGGAGGGCAAGGCCAAUGGGGGAUUGGUGGAUGGGGAGGUGCCUGAACUACCACCUCCGAUCUGGGCGCCCCCCGGGAAACACCUGGUCACCGAAGUAUGAGGGACAGUUGAGGUCUGCAGGACCUCACACCUCCUUGGAGGGAGGGAGGGCGGGCAGGGUGGAGGGAAAGGCUGGGGGGAGGGGAUUGGGCUUAGGAAGAGCUAGGUUAAGUGAUAAUGGGUGGGGGAGCACUGAGUCUUGUUGGGUCUUGGGAUGUGUGGUUUGGUAGCUCUUGUGGGUACCUCCUUAC